UUGCUGAAACUCGAUAAACCAGUGUAACCAGCGUAUGUGGAUAAGGUAGUGAAUCGAGUUUGCGAAAUUAUUCCCGAGUUUGUUUCCGAGCUGGAAUGGUAGGGGGGUACGAUUAUGAGCGCUUAAAGGAGAACGCACGGCUUCGUUAAAUGAAUUCUGCGAAGUUAGCAGAGUAGUCCGGUAGCGAACCGCCUUCGUCCGACCGAGUGAGUCACACGAUCGUGACAAAAUCGCCCGGCUCGUCGUGAUGAUUGCUCGGCUCGUCUGCGCGAGUGGAUUAAAAAAGUGAGGCGUGCGCGAUCGGUAACAGCGAUGCGAGCGAACUGAACGCGACACUUUGGCCGAAUUUGUAAUUAGAUUCUCCGCCGGUGAGAUAGAAAACGGUGUGAGCCCCGUCGCGUGUGCGUGCAUGCGUGCGUGCGUGCGUGCGUGUGUUUGUUUGCGUUCGCGAGUCGAGAAUAACAACAAGGAGGAAGAAAAAAGAAGAAGAAAGAUAUGGAAGUGGAAAGAACUACGUUGACCGAAUGGGAUAAAAUUCCUUCCAUCAAAGUCGGCGACUUCACGCUCGAGGUCGAAUUUGGGCCGCCUUGCAAGGAGUUGCAGGAGAUAGCGAAGAAUGAACUUCGAGAGACGCCUGAACUUCAGCAGGAUGCGAUCGCCCGGCUCAGGGAAUUGCUGAAAGCCGAGACAAAUUUGAAAUGCCCCGUGGAGAACGACGCAUGGCUCGUCCGAUUUCUCAGGCCGUGCAAAUAUUACCCGGAAUCGGCGUUGAAUCUGGUGAAGAAUUACUACAAUUUCAAGGUGAAGCACUCGAACGUGUACGAGAACUUGAAGCCGAGCAAGGAGAAGAACAUAUUCGAGCAAAACAUCUUGUCGGUGUUGCCUAAUCGGGAUCAGAACGGGCGCAGGAUACUGUUGAUAGAGUUGGGGAAGAAGUGGAAGCACAACAAGUGCAGCCUCGACGAGGUGUUCAAGGGUUGCGUUCUCUACGUGGAGGCGGCCAUGCUGGAGCCGGCCACCCAGAUAGCGGGCGCCAUAGUCAUCUUCGACAUGGACGGGCUCACUCUUCAACAGGCUUGGCAAUUCACUCCCGCGUUCGCCAAAAGGAUAGUGGAUUGGUUGCAGGACGCCGUCCCGCUCAGAAUAAAGAAUAUACACGUCGUUAAUCAGCCGUACGUGUUUAACAUGGUGUUCGCGUUGUUCAAACCGUUCCUCAGGGAUAAAUUGAAGAACAGGCUGAUCUUCCAUGGCACGGAUCGGAAAUCAUUGCACCAAUACAUCUCGCCUAAAUGUUUGCCAGCCUGUUACGGUGGAAACUUGCAACUCCCUCGUAUAACAGGCACGCAGUGGUUGGAAUUGUUGUUAUUAUGCGACAAAGAAUACGAUGCAAUCAAUUCGUACGGUUAUAAGAAAUAAUUCAACCGCUUGUAAAAAGAGGGAUCAUAUAUCCGAGGAUAUCUCAACUUUUCUUCUUCUUCUUCUUCUUUUUUUUUUCUUUUUUUUUUUGCGAAACUCUGUCGGCUGUGGAUUUUUCCUCUUCGUUAACACGCUGGAUCUGGAUUCAGCGCAUAGCCUACUUAGUUAUCUAUCUGAUUGUUAUAAGCGGGGUCUAUCAUUAGCUAGUUUGACCUUUUUAAUAAUAUUAUUGCAAUAAUUUAAAUUAUACGAUUAAAUUGAACAACAAACGGUACUUUUUACGAGAGCAGUGGAAAAAGAAGCGCAAACUUUUUCCAAAUUGUUGUAUUUGUCCAUAUUAUUAUACACGAAUUAGGAUUAGAAUUAGAAUAUUAUUAUAGCGAGAGAGAGAGAGAGAAAAUGAAUGAAUGAGUGAGUGAGAGUGAGAGAGAUUCUUCUAAGGGAUUUUUAUAUAUAAAAUUAUAUUUUAUAAAUUAAUAGAUAAUUUUGUACGAAAUAAUUUUAUUAUUUAUAAUAUUAUUUUUGUAUUACUUUAAUGUUACUUAUCAUACGUUUCUUCUUUUUCUUUUUCUUUUUUUUUUCUCUGUUAAUAGAUGAAAUCGAUUCGAAAUUUAUUAUCAUAAUAUAACUUGAUAAUUUAGAAAAGGGUUUGAAAAAGGCCUUCUUCAGAAGUUAUUACCAGCUGAUAUAUUUAAUAAAUUUGUAAAAACUUGUUGAUUAAUUUAUUAUGCAAGGACAAAGAGGUUUAUCUCAAGGGUAUACGCUUAUGAAAUAUAUACUUAAUUAAAAAAAAAUCCUGUUUACAUAUCCGUGAUUAUACACGAUAAUUGUAUCAAUUCUGUCACUAUUUCUCCCUGAAGUGGAACAUUUUUAUUAUUUCCAAUUAUUUUUCCAUCUAAAUAUUUCCUAAAUAUUAAAAUAUUUCUUUAUGUAAUUAAGUCAAUUGUGUGACAACAAACAAUCAAUAAUUGUUACAACGUGACGUAUAAUUUUGCGGAUUAAAAAAAAUAUAACUUUUAUCAAAAAGUAACGUCGAUUAAUUGUUUUAUUUUAUUAUUAUUAUUAUUACGCUCAAAGUCAAUUGCAAAAAUUUAUUUAUUGUAUCAGUAACAAAAAAAAAAAACAAAUACAAGCUAAUAUCGUUAUCAUA